UAAUAUAUUAACUUUUUCAGAAAUAAGAGAAUUAUUAGUCUGCUGAAUUCAUAAGAAAAAUGUCUUUAAAACCUUCAAAUGAGGAUUUAUCUGCCUCCUGUUCACUGAAUGUUUCUGACUCUAUGGAUGUUGAACAAUCUACUAAACAUAAUGAUAAAUCACAAAGUAAUGAAGCCUCAGAUAUGCAAUUGGAAGAUGAACAGACUGAAAUACAAGAUUUAAGAGCCGGAAAAGCAACAAGAAGAAAAAUGAAAAAAGAUGAUAGUGGAAUCUAUGUAGAGAAAAUUUCAGAUGAAAUGUGUGAUGAAAGUGAAAAUGAAAUUGUUGAAAAUACUGUAGAAUCUCAUAAAACAAGUGGCCAAAAUUCUCCUGAUUCAGGCAAUCCUGAUAGUUCUUAUUCAAUUGGAACUGUUGAAACUAAAAAUGAAGCUGAUUCUGUUAAGGAUUUUUCACAUAAAAAUAAAAAAAGUACUUUGUCUACUGCAAAGGAUAGUAAAAAUGAUGAUUCGGAUGAAGAUUUCCUUUCUACAAAAAGUGAUGAACCUGUAAAAUUAAGUUCAGAUGAUGAUGAUGAUUAUGAUCCAACACCAAAAACUGAAAGACCUAAACAUAAAUGGUUUCUUUGUAAAGAAGUUAUUAAUCGUCAGUACGGAGUUCCCAAUCGUUAUUCUAAUGAUUGGUUUAGAUAUAAUAGCUACAGUAGUUUACAUAUGAUUGAACGACUUGAACUUAUGUACAAAAUGAAAAAGCACGAAGGAUGUGUUAAUUCAUUACAUUUUAACACUACUGGUACUAAAUUGGUCAGUGGUUCAGAUGAUUUAAGUAUUGUUAUCUGGGACUGGGCCAUCAAUGAACCAGUUUUAUUAUAUGAUAGUGGACAUCGUAGCAAUGUAUUUCAGGCAAAAUUUAUGCCUUUAAGUGGAGAUUGUCAUCUAGUGAGCUGUGCAAGAGAUGGUCAGGUGCGGUUAGCAGAACUUUCAAGCACAGGUGUUUGUAAAGGUACUAGAAAAUUAGCUCAACAUCAAGGAGCAGUACAUAAGCUUGCUCUUAUACUUGAUACUCCUCAUACAUUUCUAACUUGUGGAGAAGAUGGAGUAGUACAUGAAGUUGAUUUGAGAGGAAAUAAACCAGAAAAAAUUGUUACAUGUAGAGAUGAUCAGAUUAUACCUUUAUAUACUAUUUUUGUAAAUCCAAACAAUCCUUAUGAGUUUGCAGUUGGAGGUAGAGAUCAUUUUAUAAGGAUAUAUGACAAGCGAUUUAUUGAAAAUGAUAAUGGUACAGUCAAAAAGUUUUGUCCUCAUCAUUUGGUGAAUAGUGAUAUUCGAGCCAAUGUGACUUGCUUAGUUUAUAAUUAUAAUGGAACAGAAAUAUUAGCAUCUUAUAAUGAUGAAGACAUAUAUACUUUCAACAGUCAGCAUUCUGAUGGUGCUGAAUAUACUCAUAGAUAUCGUGGUCAUAGAAAUAAUCAAACAAUUAAAGGUGUCAACUAUUUUGGAUCGAAGAGCGAAUAUAUAAUAAGUGGAAGUGACUGUGGAUAUAUUUUUUUCUGGGAACACGAUAGUGAGCAUAUAGUACAUUGUACAUAUGGUGAUGAAGGAGGGGUUGUUAAUUGUUUAGAACCUCAUCCUACAAGUCCGUUUCUUGCUACUAGUGGAUUAGAUGACGAUAUAAAAAUUUGGGUGCCAUCGUGUGAACAUUCACCUGAUCUUUCAAGUAUUAGAGCUAGAACUUGUAAUAAUGUAAAAGAAAGAGAAGAAGACAGGAAACACGAUGAACCAGAUACUAUUGAUGGACAAAUGCUUUGGUUUCUUUUAAAGCAUCUGCAAAGAUCAGCUAGAAGAAGAGCUCAGAUGGAAGGCCAGGAACGAGGUGAGAGCAGUUCGGAGAGCAGUGACACAGAAGACGAAGACGCAGACAAUUCAAAUGCUAUCCAGUGCUCGCAGUCUUGAAACACAUACCUAAACUAGAGACAAGUUUGCCAAAUAUCAGUUGUGGUGCCUUCGGUCAUUAAUGUAAUAUAGACUGGGUCAAACUAGUCCGACAAAAACAGCACGUAUUAGACUUUUAGAUAAGAACUCUGUUUUUCUCCCAUUUAUUACACAUUGGGUUUGUUUAUACUUAAUAAUAUAUUAUUAAUGUUUAUUUAUUUAUCUGUGAUUUAUGUUUUAAAGGAAUUUAUAUUUCUAACAAAGUUACAAUUUAUAGAAGAAUACAGUUUUCAUUUUAAAUUUAUACAAAUUGCUAAAUUUUUUCCACAAAGUAUCUGCCCAAAUAUAGUUUUGAAUUACUGAAAUUUGCUCAUUUAUUAAUAUCUGUAUAUAUAUAUAAAGAAUAUAGGAAUAUUUUAAUUUGUAAAAUUUUGUAGCAUUAUGUAAAUGGAUAGUUGAGUUACCCUUAAAUUGGUUUCGGAAUUGUCUUUUGGUAGAGAACGUUCUCUCAAAAAGCAGUUUAAAUUGCAAACUAAUGAAUUUCUCUAAGGGUAGUUUCUUAUCAAUCAUCUUCAACACAGUGUAACAUCACUAUGUUCAAGACAUAAUUUUACACGUUAAAGAAGGUUUUCAAGCCAAAUACAGUAGAACAUUGAUUAUCUGAAUGUCAAUCAACUGAAAGCUUUCCAGUCAGCAAAUUUAAAUUUCUGCUAGUGCUGUGGUGCUGCAAUCUUUGGCUAUGUCUUGGCUACUCCAAUA